AAUAGCAGAGAUGGCAGAUGAACUAAAAUUGGACACAAAUUACACUUUUUUCGGCGAUCCAAAACGCCAAUUUCCACGAGUACAAGAUGAUAACAACAUUGAUGUUGUAGAGUUUCUUGCUGCCUCUGAACUAAUGCCAAGAUUUUUCGUCCACAUGGGUAAAAACUUUAUGUUUGUGAAGAGUGAUGUUCAACAAAACGUACAUAAAAUCAAAGCUGCCCAUGAAGCAUAUCCUGAGUGUAAAACUUUAAAAGAAAUACUUGAUGUUGAAUAUGCCAAAGGCGUCCAUAAAAAGGAUAGUUCCUGUAGCAUGGCGUUGAUGUGGUUUAGAAGAGGAUUACUCUUCAUGUACUUGCUGCUGCGCCAACUUGUGGUUUACUAUCGAGAACAUGAACGUAUCCCAGAAAGAUCAAAAGAUGCAGCAAAUUUAUCCUACAGACAUUCUCUUAGAGAUCACCAUAAUUUGGUUGUUAGAGGAUUAGUCACUGUUGCCAUCAAGUUCCUUCCAACUCCAACUGAAAUGGUACUGAACCUUGCCUUCAGAGAUGACACAAAAAUACCAAAAGUAAUUGAUGAAACAGAAGCGACAUUGGACUUAUUGAAGCCGUGCUUAAAUGCCAUCUUGAGAUACUAUAAAGAUCACGAAGACUACGCAUCGGAUGUCAAAAGUGAAAACUACGAGCAAUGUGAUGCAUGGCAAAAACAGGAAUAGGCACAGUCUUCAUUCUCACAUUGACAUAGAUGUGGACACGUCUUGGAGGUUUCCUUGGACCUGUACACAUUCAGGUUCAUGAUGAUAGGCUUAAAAGUGUUGCAAGCUUCCUUUCUUGUAAUCACACAUACUGCUCUUAAAAGCGUGCGUAAAUGGGCGUGGUGAUUGGACUCGCCCCCAGACUGCACCACCCAACUAGACUAUGCACUUAACAUGAACCAGGCCACACCAUUCCCUAUCUUGGUUUCUCUAUCUUGUCCAUUUCUUGACCAACCAUUGGCUACUCUGGAAAGAUCUUCCGAUAAAUUCUUCCAAAACCACUGUGUCGUCUCCACAGGCUGCACUGAGCUGCAAUAAUUAGCCAUUUUGUGAGUAGGUGUCUCUCAUUAGAACCUGUGUCCAAACAGAAUCUGAUCAAAUCUUGCCAGAAUGCAACAGACUGCCUCAAGCACCCAGUUCAACUUGUUUUUCACCUCUCCCUGUCCUGAGAAUGGCAGGUAUCUGUUUAGACGAAGUCCUGUUAUUUCAGAGGGCCACUAAAUGGAACACGUUCGCUCCACACUGUGUGUAUGUAUUAGUCAGGCUGACUUGGGACAGUCUGUUCUGUAUUCACCAAUGUGUACAUCUACUUUGAUAGCAAUGUGAACAUGAACUGGUUUUUGAGGACACAUGCAUUUGUAUGUAGGUGUAACUAUAGUUAGCUCUUCUUAAUUCAUGUCAAAAUGCUGUCAGAUGUUUUGCUUGCAUACAUGUUUGUACAAAUUGUUAAUUUUAGAGAGUGAGAUUCUGUCCAGACCACCAGGGCUCACUUGAUCACACAGUUGAGCAAUUAAGGGGGACUAUAGACAGGAGCAAGGGCUUCUGCUGUGUACCUCCUGAUGACUGUUUGAGUAACUCAGCCCUGGCUGUGUCAAUGCACCCUUUUUCGUCUUUCAGGUUUAACCCUUUGUCCUGUUAAUCGCAACAUGUCAUAUUGAAUAUCGGGAGAUAAAAUGUAUGUUUGGAGUUGUGGGAAAUUCACCGUCCAGAAAGAGCUUGUGUAAAUAAUAUUACGCUCUAUAUUUGUUUAUGAUAGAGGAGGAGUUGAUUUCCUUGUCUCCUUUGAAACUGCUCCUUCAGUGCAUGAUAAGGCCAACUGUUUUUUUACUGAAAUGAAUAUGAAAUGACUAAGUGGCUAUUUUUAUGAAGAAACAAAUCAAUACUGCAGCAUGCAUAUUUGGUGAUUAAUGGAGAAGAUGUAAUAUCAGAUCAAACUUCCAAAGGGUUAUUGAUUAGACUAUAAUAUACAUGUAAUGUGUCAUCUUUCAGCUGAACUGUCGUAGUGUGCUAAAAACCCACCUGUAGGUCUCUAGGUUAGUUUUAUGAUAAUGAAUACAGGGCCAGCGCUACAACCGAACAAAUUAUCAAAUAAUGAUGACAUCAUGAGAUGGUGCACUGAUCCUGAACCAUUUUGUAAGGUGAAUGCCAUAUUUUGCUCUUUGCAUAGGAAAAGAUGUGCUAGCUUUGGCCCUGUACAACUAGCUGAGCACUUGGCCCUGUACAACUAGCUGAGCACUUGGCCCUGUACAACUAGCUGAGCACUUGGCCCUGUACAACUAGCUGAGCACUUGGCCCUGUACAACUAGCUGAGCACUUGGCCCUGUACAACUAGCUGAGCACUUGGCCCUGUACAACUAGCUGAGCACCAAAAUAGUAACGUCGAAUUGUGUGAUUAUUCUUAAGUGCAUGUCAAAAUGAAUGUUUUCGAACUUGUAUCCUUCUUGUGUUUUUGUUAGAAAGACUUGGAUUGCCUAAUAUUCCGUGUAUUGAUUGGCUGUUGCCUUGGAAACUAGAGACUGCAAAUAAAUACUCAUUUCAGUUUUGUGAUGGAUGUAGGUUGUAAGAUGUGUAUGAACUUUUUGAGAAGUCCCCCUGCCACAUACACUGUGGUAGUUGGAGCACUGUGCAUUCCAGUGAGACGGGUGACACCCCAAAAAAGGCCACACUUCAAAAUAAUGUGUUUAAAAUGCUGUUUGCUGCGAAUCUGCCUGUAGUCCUACCUUUUCUCCAAUCCCACCAAUCUAGACAAGGCUCAAUUUCCUCCACUUGCUUUUGACAACUACAAUUUGGAACAAGCAAGUUUGUCCAGUUUUAAGAUACAAUUGUAAAACACUGAGCGUAUCGGUAUUGGCCUGCCAGCAGAAAUUAUCAUUGAUUUCCAUAUGCUACUAAAUCAAACAAAAGUUUACGCUAUUCUUAUUCCAAAAAUGUUAAUAUGGCACUGUGAGAUGCGUAUUGUACUUAAAAUGCAUUCCGUGCCUAAAUUGAUAAGUCUCCUAUUUGUCGCUGCCAAGUUGCAUCACAUAUUUCUCAUUGUAUUAUGAAUUAUGACCUCUUUAGAGGUCUCCUUCCAUGACAUAUGACCAGGCUACCUCAUGCAAGCCUUUACCCAUGAGAUCUUAAAAGUAUAUCUCUUGUCACCCUUACCAGUCACAAACCUGCCAACCAUUGUUAUUUCAUGCCCUUAUUAUAUAAAAAACACGUGGUGGUGUCAACCGGUAUUAGAUCUGCUGACAGAGUUUGUACAUUUACACUCCAAUUAACUGUCAAGAGUGGCAUGGCAGUAGAUAGGCCACAUUUACACUCCAAUUAACUGUCAAGAGUGGCAUGGCAGUAGAUAGGCCACAUUUACACUCCAAUUAACUGUCAAGAUUGGCAUGGCAGUAGAUAGGCCACAUUUACACUACAAUUAACUGUCAAGAGUGGCAUGGCAGUAGAUAGGCCACAUUCAUUUAAUGACAGGCUAAGCGAACGAAUGAGCCAGUUUGUAACGGGUUGCCGGUUUGCAAGUCAGUCCACAAAGCUUUUAUUUAUCUAUUUUUGUAUUCUGAUGUAUAUUUUCUGCGAUCUCUUCCAACAUGACUGGCUCUGGCUCUGGCUCUGGCUCUGACAAUAUCCUAAUUCACUUGGAACACGUAGUAUCCUGCUCUCAGAGGAAAUAGCCUGGCAGUAACUGUUAUUGUCACCUCAGAGUAGAUGUCUUUGUGGACAAAUUCCACUCGAGCGUCCGGGCCAUGCAACCAGUCUUGUUUGUAAAUCUCCAAUGAGACUGUCUCCAAUGAGACAUCCAUCUCACGACAGAUUGCAACUUGGAGACUAAUGAUGACCUGAUAGAUGUGUAUUCAUGAUCUCAACCAUUCCUUCCUUCGUGUGUUUAUCGAGUGUUGCACAUUCUGUCCAGUGAUUGAUUUUAUGAUUUAAUACAAAUGUAGAAUAGACAUUUUAUGCAUUUAAAUUGCA